CUUUUGCUUAAAUGAAACUAUGUAAACAAAUAUGGACGAAAAAUAGUUAACUGUUUUUAAAUCGCUGAUUUGGCUUUAUUUAUCGCCAUACAUAAAAAUAUAUCUAUUGAAUAAUAUUUUCUAUUACAAAAAGUCAUAUUUGUGUUAUCUAGUGCCUUUCAGUACCUGACAAAACAUAUAUAAAGAUGGCAGAAGUUCACAUUAUUGGCCAAAUAUAUGGAGCAACGGGCUUUCCUGAACAUAGCUUGUUCUGCAAAUGGGGAAUUCACACAGGUGGUGCAUGGAAGAUUCUGGCUGGAGAGAGAGAGGGCCAGUCUCAGGUAGACAACCCUGUCAAUCAUGAGGCCGCAUUCUUUGCCCACCCUAUCGAUAUACACUUCGCUACUAAAGGAUUGCAAGGCUGGCCAAAGCUGCACUUCCAAGUGUGGCACCAGGACAGUUUUGGGCGCAAUGAGUUAUACGGGUAUGGGUUCUGUCACGUUCCCACCUCCCCCGGUCAGCACACCAUCGAGUGUCCCACAUGGAGACCCUCUGGCACAUACAGGGAGCAGGUCACCCAGAGUUUCCUGGGGGGAGGCCCUCAACUCAAGAACCCAGAUCUGAUCUAUAGCUCAGCUCUCCGCUGUAAAUUGACCACAGUGGCCAUGGGGACUGUACAUUUGAAACUUGGCGUCAUCCUGAGAAACUUUGACAAGUUCGGAAUUGAGUGCUGAUUUUCGCAGUUCAAGUUUGCCAUCAUUAUUUAUUACUUAGAGUGACUAAGAAAUAAGCAGCUUUUAAGAGAGAAACUACAGCACAAAUGUGAUAUUCAGCUAUUCAAGGCAGUGAAAUACUGGUUUGGUUGUGAAUCAAGAAAUGUAAAUUAAUUGUGAUCUUGGGAUAAGGUUGGUAUGUGAAACCCAUGACAAAAUUAUAAUCAUUGGAACAAGAAAACAUUACACAGCGAUUGUGUUUUAUUAAUAAAGUGUAAUUGUAGGCGUGGUAAAUAUUGAACUACCCUUGAGGCGCAUAUUUGAAUUUUGUAAAAGUUGUGAUUUCUUGUUGGCCCUUAUUCACCAACCAAUUGUUAAUGCUAUGACUUAAUGCUAUGAAUAAAGAAAAUUUAAAUUGAAAUAUAUAUAAUUAUAUUAUUUUUGAGUGCCUGACAUUAACCACCUCUGUCUACAUCAUUCUUUAUGUAAAACAUUUUGUAAAUGACAUAAUUGCCAGUGGUAGCCUGUAUAUAUUCAUAAGCUUGAUGUAUUUGUUAUUGUUCUAGGUUUAUUCUUCGUUCUUAAGUCUAAGAAUGGUAGGGUGAAUACCAGCCUAGAUCUUAAAUCACCUUGAAACAUUCAUUUAACCAAAGUGUGUAUCCAUGUAUUAUCACAUUUAAUGUCAGUAGUGAGAGUAAAAAAAAGGUGUGAAUACAUGUGUUUGCUAUAUGUCCUGGUUUGUAAACUAGUUAUUGUGUAUUACACGAGGCAUAGCUAGGUGAUCAGAUCUACUUACCAUCCAGAAAGUGGUUGUAUGGGCCUGCUUUACAAUGGCUCUGUAAAAUUGAUAACUUUAUUUAAAUGAAUAAAAGUACAUAGAAUUUAAA